AAGGUCAACGUUAGCCUACGACGAACGACUGGUGAACGAUGUUUAUUCUUGUGUAACUAAAUUAGUUUGCUGAAAAUGUUUCGUGCUUGUUAGUUAAGUAUGAAAUUGGUGCGUUAAGUGUAACGUAUGUUAGUUUUAAAGUCUUAUUUGAUUCAUGAAUAAAGAUUUUAAGUAGUUUAGCGAUUCGUUAGUUAAGCCAGUUAGCUUUAGCCAGUUAGCUUUAGCCAGUUAGCAUUAGCCUUAGCCUUAUCUAGUACACAAACGUCGCCAGAUAGAAAUUCGUCCUAUAGUUAGUUAUGGGUUCGUCUAAAAAACACAAAGAAAAGGAUAAAGACCGGGACCCGGAGGAGCGCCACAGGGAACACAAAAAACACCGACACAAGGACCGGGAAAGGGAUAAAGAUAAAGAGCGUGAGAAAGAUAAAGAGAAAAGGAAGAGAUCCCGCUCCCGGGACAGGAGCAGUCGGGCUGCCGAGAAAGAGAGCAGGAGCAAAGGGGAGAAGAGCAGCGCAGAGCCGCGGGUGAAGAAAGAGAAACUAGAGCCCAGCAAUGAAGAGACCGAAGAUGCAGGACCGAAAUCAGCAGCGGGUGACGCUUCACUCAGCAUCGAAGAGACCAAUAAGCUGAGAGCUAAACUGGGUCUGAAGCCCCUCGAGCUGAACGAGGCCAAAAAAGAACUUGGUACCAAGGAGGAUCCAAAGGUGGCUGAGGUGAUCAACCCCGUACAUAUCAAACAACAGACAGAGAUCAGAGAGAAGCUAGCUGCGCUUAAAGAGAAACGUCUGCUCAAUCAGAAACUUGGCAAAGUAAAGACGCUCGCCGAUGACGAUCCUUGGCUUGACGACGCUUCAGCAUGGGUAGAGAAGAGUCGCAAACUUGCGAAGGAGAAGGAGAUGGCAGAGAAGAGGGCCAAGCUACUGGAAGAGAUGGAUGAAGAGUUUGGUGUCAGCAACCUGGUUGAAGAAGUGUUUGCACAAAGAAAAAUGGAGGCAUACAGUUCAAAGGACCUUAAGGGUCUUGCUGUAGAGCACCAAAUCGAAUCCUUUAAGGAGGGAGAGACGGUUAUUUUGACUCUAAAAGACAAAGGUGUUCUGGAGGAGAAGGAGGACAUGCUGGUGAACGUUAACAUAGUGGACCGAGAGAAAGCAGAGAAGAACGUAGAGCUUAAGAAGAAGAAGCCUGAAUACAAACCUUACAACGAGGAAGAGAGCGUGGACGACAUGGUCACGUUCAAGCCAAAGUCUAUCCUGUCGAAGUACGACGAAGAGUUAGAGGGUGAGAAGAAGAAGAGCUUCCGUCUGAGCACAGGAGGCUUUGCUACAGGGGACAGAGAGCGCGAGCUGCAGGCCAUCAGAGAGACGCUGCGGAAUCAGGCCCAGUCUCUGGACAUGCCUGCUCUCACCUUGGCCUCGGAGUACUACACCCCACAGGAGAUAGUGGGUUUUAAGAAAACCAAACGGCGUGUAAAGAAAAUCAGGAAGAAGGAGAAACCUGUCAAGACUGACGACCUCCUUAUAGACGACACUCGUAGUACAGAUUUCGGCUCCAGGUCACGAGGUCGAGGCAGAAAGCAGGUAGAAUGCGAAGAGAUGGAAGAAUGUUCAAAAGAAGGCAGCAGCAGUAAAGUAGACCUACUGCAGCAGUCUGACGACAUCCGGACAGCUGACAUGGAUAUCAGCGAUGAAGAUGAUUUUGUCCCUCCGGAGCCUGAGACCUUUGAGGAGGAUGAGGCAGAGUUGGAGCUACAAAAACAACUAGAGAAACAGAGGAAGCUUAAACAGAAGCAGCUGCUGAAAGACUCUGGCCAAAAGGUUAUGGAACAACUGCAAGUGAUGGAGAAUGUUGGAGAAGACGGCGCCGAUGACGUAGACAAGAAAAACAACAUCGUCUUUAACGCCACGUCCGAGUUCUGCCGCACGCUGGGAGACAUUCCUACCUACGGCCUGUCAGGGAACCGAGAGGACCAGGAGGACCUCAUGGACUUCGAGCAGGAGGAAGAGCGAGAUGGAGCUGGAGGCUCCGAUUCAGACAUGGACGAUAAAGUGGGCUGGAGCACCGUCAACCUGGACGAGGAGCAGAAGCAAACGGACUUUGCUACUGCAUCGACCACCAUUCUGGAUGAAGAGCCCAUCGUUAACUCUGGCCUCGCGGCUGCUUUGCUGCUCUGCAAGAACAAAGGGCUGCUGGAAACACAAAUGCAGAAGGUGGCUCGUGUGCGUGCUCCUAAAGGAGCUCUGCCAAAUGAUAACUACUGCAUCGAAGAUAAGAUGGCCAUUGAUGACAAAUACAGCAGGAGAGAGGAAUACAGAGGCUUCACUCAGGAAUUCAAAGAGAAAGAGAGCUAUAAGCCUGAUGUUAAGAUCGAAUACGUGGAUGAGUCUGGGCGAAAGCUUACCCCUAAGGAGGCAUUCAGACAGCUAUCCCAUCGUUUCCAUGGCAAAGGAUCUGGAAAGAUGAAGACUGAGAAAAGAAUGAAAAAACUGGAGGAGGAGGCGUUGCUGAAAAAGAUGAGCAGCAGCGACACGCCGCUUGGUACCGUAGCUCUGCUGCAGGAGAAACAGAAGUCCCAGAAAACUCCUUACAUAGUCCUCAGUGGUAGUGGGAAGAGCAUGAAUGUGAAUACCAUCACCAAGUAAAAGCAAGUAUGAUCAACAUAUUCUUGUACAGUGGAUCAUAAUCCCUUCAGCAAAUCAAAUCAAGUAGUCAUGACGUGUGUGUGUGUGUGUGUGUGUAUACACAGACAUUGUUCUAUGUUUAAAUUUCGUGUUUUAAAAAUGUCUCCAUGUCUAAUUUUUUUCCUAUUAAAAGCUGUUUGCUUUAAA